AUGUAUAUUCGUCAAUAUAAUUCUCGUUUAUAUCUAUCUUUAUUAUUUAAGCAUAUUAAAAAUCUCUCAACAACAUCAUCAACUAUUCUUAAACCUUAUCCAAGUUAUGUUGAACGUCAAUUAGAUGUUGUUAUAAAUACAUCACCAGGUGAUGAAUUUGUUGAAAUUGAUCAUGAAACAAAAUUAAAAGUUGCUAAACCAACAACAUCAAUUCGUGCAAAUAUAAAUUAUAUUGAUACAAAUCCAUUAGGUAAUAAAAAUCAACCAAUUGUUUUACUUGUUCAUGGUUAUCCUGGUACAUAUGAAUCAACAAAAAAUUUUAUUGAAGAAUUUCAACGAAGAAAUUUUCGUUGUAUUGCACCAGAUAUGCCUUAUUGUGGAAAAACAACAAUGCCUUUAUGGAGUGGAAUAAUUUGGAGAAAUUCUGUUUAUUUACGUGCAAGAUUUCUUGGAGAAUUACUUAAAAAUAUAAUGCAAGAUAAAUUAAUACCUAUCCAUACAGUAAUUGGUUUUCAUGAAAAUGCAUAUACAUUAAUGUCAAUGAUUGAUCAAUAUGAAUAUUUUCGUUGUCAAUCAUUAAUAUUAGUUGAUCCAGCACCGAGAAAAUUAAUUCGAUUUCUUCCAUUAGCUAAAUUUGCAUUUGAUUUCGGUCGAAUUCCACUUCAUUGGCCAGUAGCAAAAUAUUUUUUAAAAAUUCUUGGUUAUAAAGAAUUAUUAAAUUAUUCUCAACGUAAUAUUAUGGCUGCUUUACGUAUUUGGAUGCUUGAAGAUACAUAUCAAUAUGAUGCAUAUGUACAUAAUUUAUGGUUAUCUCGUUUACGUACAAUGGUUAUUUUAUCAGAAGAAGAUAAACAUCUUGAUAGGAAAUUAUUAGAUGAUUUAAUUAAAGAUUUAGCUGUUGAACCUUUCAAUAAAUCAACGAUGGCUAAUGCUGUUAUUAAAAAAUAUGCUUGUGAUCAUAAUGAAUUAUUAACUGAUCGAAUUAGUUAUGUUGUCGAUGAUAUUGAAACAUUUCUUUCAAAGGCUUCAAUGUCACCAGCUGCGACCAUAACACAAUCAUUUUCAUCGACAAUAACAACAGCAAAAGAAAAAGACAGAAGAAAACGUAUUGUUGAAACGAACAAUAACAACGAACGCGAAAAAUCAAAUAUUGAACUAGAUGAAAAUGCAUAUAAACGUGCAAGUGUAAAUGAUUUUUUUUCCAAAGCAUUUGGUCCAAGUCAAUCAGAAUUAAAACCAAAUCAACCACAUAGUUUACGUUCAGCAUUUGAAAAUAUUGCUGGUGAUUUUAUUGAACGACCACCACCCGGUACAAAACGUGAAACAUUAGCAAGUGUAAAAGAAGAAAUGAGAAAGAAAAAAAUUCGUAUUGACACAAAAAAUUAA